AUGUAGAGUAUUUAAGUCUCUUAUAUUGAUAAAUAUCCUGAUAGAGUGUAUGAUUGAUUUAAAUUAUUCUUAGCCCAAUCUUGCUUGAAAUUACAGAAAAAUCUAAAAUUCGCUUUUCAGAUGGAUCUAAAUUUAAAAAGUAUUUGAUUAGUAAAUCAGACCACUUUUAUCACUUUUUUUAAAUACUAAGAAACUCUUUAAAAUUGUCUAAAUAGGAAGCCAUUUAUUUAUUUUUGAAUAAUUCUGGAUUGAUCAAACCUGGUAAAAAGAAUUACUUAAUUAGAAAGCCAAGUCGGAGAAAUCUAUUCAAAAUAUCGAAGUAAUGAUGGCUUUUUAAGAAUCAUUUUAAGUGAAUAUGCAACAUUUGGAAAUUUUUGA